GUCUAGGUUACCUACUAAGUCAUAGAACUAUGUCGAAUCAGUAGGCUUUUCUCGGAAAUACUUGCCUCCUCUUUGAGACAAGACACAACAGCGAGCCUAGCAAGCGUUCUGGAGUCCAGAAGCCCCAGCAAUUGGAGUGGCCAGAGAGGAGAGUCUUCAGGUGGCGUCCCGUGUUUCCCCCACAGUCUCUGAGGCCAUCCUCCACUUCCUCUACCCCACCUCUGAGGCCUAAGAGGUUGGAAAGGUGUAACUACUGAGCGGGGCCUCCCAGGCUUUGCAUCCCUGUCACACCUACAGAAAUUCCCCCAGCUUCCCUUCUCUGCACAGGACGGCACAUCCUGGCCUCUCAGCCCCUUUCCAAACUAACGUUGAUUCUGGUCCGCGGCUGCGGUGCGAAGAAACUGUCUCUGUGACCGCCUAGUCGCUGCCCGGGGCGCCCGCGGGCGAUGCAGCCCUCCGCGCAGCACGAACACUCCCGAUAGUCUUCGGCUAUUUCCGGCCUCCCGGGGCACUUCGGGCUGUCUCGGUCCCCGCGUCUCUCACCUUCGGCUGUUUCCGCGUUCUGCUCGCAGUUGUUGUCCCGGCAACGUGCGGCGGCGCGACGACUGUCGGGAGCAGGGUUCAACUCUGACUAGGUCUGACUUUCGUCAUGGCCCUGUAUUUCGACCACCGACUUGAAGCCCCAGACUCAGUUGGCUCUCCUUCCCACAUCAGUUGGCACCCUGUCCAGCCACUCCUGGCAGUCGCCUCUCUCAGUACAACCUCGGGAGGCAGAGUGGAUGUAUAUCUGGAACAGGGUGAGCACGUGCCUGAUAUGCGUAUUGAGAGAUCAUUCCGGGUCAUUUCCCUGAGCUGGCACCCUACACGGCUGAUCCUGGCUGUUGGCUGGGAGACGGGGGAGGUGACAGUGUUCAAUAAGCAGGAGAAAGAGCAGCAUGUGGUCCCCCUGACACACACUGCCGAUGUCACUGUCCUCAAGUGGAGCCCCAGCGGGAGCUGCCUCGUGUCAGGGGACAGGCUCGGGGUCCUGCUCUUGUGGAGGCUGGACCAGAGGGGCCGAGUGCAGGGCGUGCCCCUGCUGAAACACGAGUACGCUCGGUGUCUGACCUGCUGCGUCUUCCAGCUGCCGCCUCCUGGCGGGGACCUCGCCCAGCUGGCGAAGGCGGCUGUGAGGGGCGAUGAGAAGGCCCUGGACAUGUUUAACUGGAGGAAGAGCGGCUCCGGGAGUCUCCUGAAGACGGGGUCUCAGGAGGGACUGUCAUUCUUUGUCAGCUUGGUGGACGGGACAGUGCACCAUGUGGACGAGAAAGGCAAGACCACCCGGACGGCGGCUGUGGACGGCUCCGUCCAAACGCUGUUCUACUUGGAGGAGCGGAAGGCACUGGUGGUGGUCACAGAGAGCCUGCUGCUGUCGCUGUACAUGGUGACCCCCGGGGGCGAGGCCGAAGAGAUGAUGAAGGUGAAGCUGAGCAGGAAGACGGGCCACCCGGCGGACGUCGCCUUGGUCGAAGGCAGCCUUCUUGUGAGUGCCACAGGGGACGCGGCCCUCAGAUGCUGGGAUUUAGAACGAGGGGAGAAUUACCUGCUGAGUCCAGAGGAGAAGUUUGGUUUUGAAAAAGGAGAAAAUAUAAACUGUGUUUCUUACUGUAAAGUCAAAGGCCUUCUGGCAGCGGGGACUGACAAAGGGCGAAUAGCCAUGUGGAGAAAAGUGCCACGUGCCCAGAGCAGCCGAGGGACGGAGGGCAAAGACAGGUGGGCCCUUCAAACCCCUACUGAGCUCGAAGGGAACAUCAUGCAGAUAAAGUGGGGCUCCAGGAAGAACCUUCUGGCCGUGAACAGCAGCAGCUCUGCGGUCAUCCUCAGCGAGCAGGCCAUGGCAUCGCACUUCCACCAGCAAGUGGCUGUGGUGCAGAUCUCCCCAAGCUUACUCAGCGUGUCCUCCCUGUCCACAGGGGUGACGCACAUGCUGCGCACAGACAUGCACAUCCAUGGCGUGUUUGCCACCAAGGAUGCUGUUGCCAUCUGGAAUGGAAAACAGGUGGCGAUCUUUGAGCCCUCUGGAGCCACAUUUCGAAAUGCAGGUACCUUCCUGUGUGAGUCUCCGGUGUUAGCAAUGCAUGAAGAAAGUGUGUAUACAGUGGAGCCAAACCGAGUUCAAGUUCGGACCUGGCAGGGCACCGUGAAGCAGCUCUUGCUGUUCUCUGAGACGGAGGGGAGCCCGUGCUUCUUGGACAUCUGUGGGAAUUUCCUGGCUGUGGGAACAGACCUGGCUCACUUCAAAAGCUUUGAUCUUUCCCGAAGGGAGGCCAAACUGCACUGCGGCUGCAAGAACCUGGUGGAGCUGGUCCCAGGGGCAGCAGGCGUGGCCUCGCUCAGGGGCAAUGCAAAUGGCAGCAAGAUCAGCGUCCUCCUCAGCAAGGCUGACAGUGGCCCUGACUCCAGAAUCUGCUUCUAUGAUGUAGAAAUGGACACGGUGACUCUCUUCGACUUCAAGACAGGACAGAUUGAUCAGAAAGAGACGACAUACGUUCACGGGCAGCAGACUAAGAAGGGGGCCUUCUCUUUCAGGAGCUGCCCCUUCGAGGAUGAGAGGCUGACAAAUCUCAUUCCUGUGAACCACUUCUGGGAUGAGAGCGAGCCCAGGCUGUUCGUGUGCGAGGCUGUGCGGGAGGAGCCGGGAGCCCAGUGCCCCGCAGAGGACAGCGCGGCCCUCACGGUGGACGUGUGGAUCCUGUCCUUCUUCGUUUCUGAGGAGCACGGCUUCCUGCUUCAGGACAGCUUCCCCCGGCCCCCCACCUUCCAGAUGCUUCUGGGGAUGGAAGUGCCCUCUUACUACUUCACCAGAAAGCCGGGAGAAGCAGACCAAGAUGGCCAGCUGGAUCCAGGGUGCCACCACGUCCCCCAGAUGGUGGGCAGGAGACCUCUGCGGGACUUCGUCGGGCUGGAGGACUGCGACAAGCCCACUCGGGAUGCCGUGCUCGACUUCAGCUUGUUCGUCACCAUCGGAGACAUGGACGAAGCUUUCAAAUCGAUCAAACUCAUCAAAAGCGAGGCCGUCUGGGAGAACAUGGCCCGCAUGUGCGUCAAGACCCAGAGGCUGGACGUGGCCAAGGUGUGCCUGGGGAACAUGGGCCACGCGCACGGAGCCCGGGCACUGCGGGAGGCGGAGCGGGAGCCGGAGCUGGAGGCCAGAGUGGCCAUGCUGGCCAUACAGCUGGGCAUGCUGGAGGACGCCGAGCGGCUCUACAAGCAGUGCCAGCGCUAUGACCUCCUGAACAAGCUGUACCAGGCCUCCGGCCAGUGGCACAAGGCAGUGGAAGUUGCCGAGCGCCAGGACCGCAUCCAUCUGCGCACCACCUAUUACAACUACGCCAAGCACCUAGAGGCCGGCGCCGACUGCGGUCUGGCCCUCAGCUACUACGAGAAGUCCGACACCCACCGCUUCGAGGUGCCCAGGAUGCUGUCGGAGGACCUGCAGUCCCUGGAGCUCUACAUCAAUAAGAAGGAGGACAAGACCCUGUGGCGGUGGUGGGCCCAGUACCUGGAGAGCCAGGCCGAGAUGGAGGCCGCGCUGCACCACUACGAGCUGGCACAGGACCACUUCUCCCUGGUGCGUAUCCACUGCUUCCAAGGCAACAUCCAGAAGGCCGCUGAAAUAGCCAAUGGGACGGGAAACCGGGCCGCCUCCUACCACGUGGCCCGCCAGUAUGAGAGCCAGGAGGAGGUGAGGCAGGCAGUGCGUUUCUACACGCGAGCGCAGGCCUUCAACAACGCCAUCCGCCUGUGCAAGGAGAACAGCCUGGACGACCAGCUUGUGACCUUGGCCCUGCUGAGCAGCCCCGAGGACAUGACCGAGGCAGCCCGCUACUACGAGGAGAGGGGCGAGCACAUGGACAGGGCAGUCACGCUGUACCACAAGGCCGGCCACUUGUCUAAGGCCCUGGAGCUGGCCUUUGCCACCCAGCAGUUCGUGGCCCUACAGCUCAUAGCAGAGGACCUGGACGAGAAGUCGGACCCCGCCCUCCUGGCCCGCUGCUCGGACUUCUUCCUGGAGCAUAGUCAGUAUGAGAAGGCAGUGGAUCUGCUGCUGGCCGCCAAGAAGUAUCGUGAAGCCCUGCAGCUUUGCCUGGAGCAGAACCUGACCAUCACCGAGGAGAUGGCCGAGAAGAUGACCGUGUCCAAGGACUCCACGGACAUGUCCGAAGAGUCGCGGCGCGAGCUGCUGGAGCAAAUAGCAAGCUGCUGCAUGCUCCAGGGCAGCUACCACCUGGCGACAAAGAAGUACACGCAGGCUGGGGACAAGCUGAAGGCCAUGAGAGCGCUGCUGAAGUCUGGGGACACGGAAAAAAUCGUGUUUUUUGCGGGUGUCUCAAGGCAAAAGGAAAUCUACAUUAUGGCUGCCAACUACCUGCAGUCCCUGGACUGGCAGAAGGAGCCAGAGAUCAUGAAGAAUAUCAUCAGCUUCUACACCAAAGGGCGGGCCCUAGACCUUCUGGCCAGCUUUUAUGAUGCCUGUGCCCAGGUGGAGAUCGACGAAUACCAGAACUACGACAAAGCCCACGGGGCGCUGACAGAGGCCUACAAGUGCCUGUCCAGGGCCAAGGCCAAGAGCCCCCUGGACCAGGAGACCAAGCUGACCCAGCUGCAGAGCAAGAUGACGCUGGUGAAGCGGUUCACACAGGCCCGCAGGAUGUACCCCCAGGACCCCACAGAGUCGGCCCGGCAGUGCGAGCUGCUCCUGGAGGAGCCAGGCCUGGACGGCGCCCUCCGCGUCGGGGACGUGUGCGGCUUCCUGGUGGAGCACUACCUGCAGAUGGGGGAGCUCCAGACGACCUCACCGCCUCCACAGCCCCGGCCCUCCGCGUGGCCGGGCUUCCACCAGCUGCUGCGCUGUGCUGGCCUCGGUCCUCUGCUCAUGUGCCACGUGCCUUGCCCAGCCCAGCGCACAGCCCUAGGCCUACAAGUACCUGGAGGAGAUGCGGCGGCGACUGCCCUCGGCCAACAUCGCUCACUAUGUGAGCCCGCGGACAGUGGGCGCCGUGCACCAGGGCCUGGGCAUCCCGCUGCCGCGCGUCGGGCCCGAAGAGCGCACCAGCCGCAGCAGCGCCGAGGAGCGCACGGAGGCGGACGAGGAAGUCCCGGACGAGGCGGACGCCGAGCCCUGACCGCCGGCCGCGUCUGGAAAGCUCGUCUGGAACUUUCCGGUGGUCGGCAGCAGCUGGAGCCCGACCUUCCUGCUGAAGAGAACACCCCGGUGCUUGUGGGCGCAGCGGAGGGCAGGGGGCGCGGCGCCGGCCAGGGCCUUGCUCACUUUAACCCCCCACGGCAGACUGUAAGGCCUAAGAACUUUCUGGAACCCCACAAGCUGAGGGCGGUGGUGUGCUCACUGCGCGUCUUCGCCGCAGGACGCACUCUCCCUGCCCGCAGGCACGCGGGCCCCUGCGGUCGGGUCAGGCUCCGGGACGGCGGCAGCGUCCUGACACGGGGCGGCCCGCGCUCCCCAGCCCGGCCCGGCCCCUUUGAGCCCCGCUAGAACCACAGGGC